AUGCCACGCUUCCCGGACCUUGUACGGGAUACGAAGCUGGACACGGUUUUUGACGGCCCUUUCACGGUCCACAACUAUGACGACUCCGAUGACGAAAACAAGUCGCGGUCCACGCAUCGAUCCGAAUACUGGGAGUCCAAGGAUCGGCUAGCCCAAGGCGGUUUCGGCGAGGUUUGGCUCCAGAAGUGCGAGCAGGGCCAACGGGGACCUUCGCCAGACUUACGCGCCGUCAAGGUGAUCCAGCGAUCUAGCUUUGGGAAUAAGAACCUCGACUACAUAAAUGAGUUGGAGGCUAUUGCUAAGUUCUCGCAGAAGCGGUAUUCGAAAUGUUUCGUGAAACUCCUUGGCUGGUACGAAGACCCCAAGAGGCUCUUCAUUGCUAUGGAGUAUUUUGAUCUGGGCGAUCUACAGAAAUACAUGAGCAGCAAUGACCCUAUGCCGGAGGGGGAUGCACAAGAGAAUAUUCUGAUCAAAGCGCAGCCACCCAAGAGUAAGUGGUGGGUGAAGCUGAGUGACUUCGGCAUCAGCAAACGUAUCGAAGAGGCUACCUAUGUGCCAUCGACGAUCAAAGGCACCCCGCCAUACAUGGCUCCCGAGCUCGUUUUGUACGAACCCGGAAGUAGUUCUCCCAUCAACCACCAGAUAGCCGACAUGUGGGCGCUCGGCGAGAUAAGCUUUCGUAUGCUAACUAAGAACGCGGCUUUUGUCGACUGGAGCGCGGUCGUUCGCUACGUGGUGAACCCAACAGUGUUUCCCUCGCACCAGCUGCAUCAGUAUCAUAUCAGCCCGGAGGCAAACUCUUUCAUCCGCUCUGUCUUGGAACCCAGGAGCAGAAAACCAGCCGCUGGCCUUAGGCCGGAGGCUGGACUCAGCAAUCAUCUUCAUCUGAUACCCGAAGUAGAAAGCAAACUACUGGUCAUUGCCAAAACCCUGGUACCAGCAAUACUGGUCCUGAUGCUUCGGCGGACGACGAUGAUGCUUGGUGGGAAGCACCGUCAUCGGCGUCUACAAGAUUUCAAAAUUGACGGCAAGCAUGUUGAGCUGGCUUUGUGGGAUACCUCCGAUUACAGAAUCCACGAGCGUCGCCGACGUCGAUCAUACGCCGAGUCCGACGUGAUCGUGACUUGCUUUGCAAUUGACUCGCCUGAUUCUUUGGACAACGUGCAACAAAAAUGGGUAUCUAAAGCUCUGCCAUUCCGCCGGUGUCGGCCAGUCAUGCUUGUUGGCUGUAAGAAGGACUUGCGCUAUGAUACUAGAACUAUUGAGAAGCUUCGCAAGACAAAUCAGCACCCCGUUACCCAUGAGGAAGGUGAAGAAGUUGGCAGGAGGAUCGGUGCCUACAAGUACCUCGAAUGCUCUGCCAAGACUAAUGAGGGUAUCAAGGAGGGUCACAAGCUAUAUGACAAGGGGAAGAGUUUGGCUGAGGCUUUGCAGGUGACAAGUAGUGGAACAGCAAAGACUCUAGUCUAG